AUGGCCUUAAUAAGUGGCGUAUUUCGCAGAACGUUUAUUACUCACUUGAUAAUCGAUGAAUUUCUAGACGAAUUUGGUAAGCUGUCAAAGGAAGAACUCAUUCAAAAAUCAAAAGAGCUGAAGGAGAUUUUUCCAACCACAGAAGAGCAUGUGUGGUAUCAGCCAACGACAGUCCGCGAUGUGAACGGUCGAAAAAUUAAGCUGGGACGUUUAGCCAAAGGGUGUUUGUUCGACAGAAACCACAACUAUAAAGCAAGCACAAAUUCGAAGUAUACAAAUCCUGGUUCCAAUCAUCACACAUUUCCCGACCGUCGGCUUCAAACUGUAGAGGACAAUUUUACUGAAGAGACAGUUGCAUCCUAUAAUGAAAUAAAACGCUGGUUUCGACACCACCAAGAUGAGUGGGAGGAUCUGAAGAUUAAAUGGAAUACAUGGAGUUCAGUUCGCCUUUACGAAAUUACCAAGAUAGAGAAUCUAACUUUCGAGCACAUUUUGGAGGAGUAUCCCAUUAUAAGGAACAGUGAAGGAUUUCAGCUGAUAAAGUUGGAUUUCAAACAUCGCUAUCCCGAAAAGAACAAUUUGUUAUUUGAGCGGUUUGUGGACUUCCGCAAACGAAUUCAACCAGUAUUUUACAGCGACGUCGGUGAUCAGGGACGGCAUUUACUGAAGUUACUUGAACAAAAUCUAUCUGAAGAUCCUUUUGAUUGUGUUACAUUCAUUCUUUUGACGUACAUCUUGCCAAGCGCUCCUCUACGUUUACCGAAUGGGAAAAAAUGGAAACCAUCCAUCCGCGAAUCCUGUGACGCAAUUGUAGUUCAUUUAAAAUCGCUUGCCGAAUACGAGACCGAGCUUUCCCGCAUCGGUCAGCUAAACCUGUUGAGAGGGCUACCCGACCAUCCAAUGAUUGUGGUUGUUGGAGAGGAGUUAAAAUCGAUUGCACAAUUUAUCGUGACAUUCAAAGAUGUCUCUUACAAAGCAGAAACAUUUUUAAAAGCUGUGGACAUAAUCUUCAAAUUGCACAAAGCGUAUGACAUCGAAUUUCCUCCGGAAGCAAAAGCACUAUGGCGGUUCAUAGAGUACUUUUUGUACAACUUCGACUUGAUUGACGAUGGUUUUAAAGCUAGAAUUCUUUCGCUUGCCAAUACUAUUCGUCAGCAUGAAAUAUCAACAUGAUCAUAUGCUUCGUUGCGGGCUGUAGUUGGCAAACAACAUGCUUAUCACAUUUCAGGAACCAUCUGCGGAAAAUACACGAGCCUCUUGAUGUGUACUCGUGUCCACAGCCACAUUGUCA